CAAAAAUGCUGCCUUCUCAAGAAGCCUCCAAAAUCUACCAUGACAACUACAUGCGCAACUCCAGGACCAUCGGUGUCCUUUGGGCCAUAUUCACCAUUUGCUUGGCCAUCAUCAAUGUAGUGGUCUUCAUCCAGCCAUACUGGAUUGGUGACAGUGUCAACACUCCCCAGGCUGGCUACUUUGGCUUGUUUCACUACUGUGUGGGCAACGUGAAGUCCAACAGGGAGAUCUCCUGCCAGGGCAGCUUCUCCGAUUUCAGUUCCAUUCCAUCUGGAGCCUUCAAGGCAGCCUCCUUCUUUGUGUUGAUGUCCAUGGUUCUUAUCCUCAGCUGCAUAGGCUGCUUCGCUCUCUUCUUCUUCUGCAACACCGCCAUGGUCUACAAGACGUGUGCAUGGACACAGUUUCUAUGUGCUGUUUGUCUGGUGCUCGGCUGUGUGAUCUUCCCGAACGGCUGGGAUGCAGAAGUGAUUCGGGACAUGUGUGGAGAGGACACAGGCAGAUAUUCUCUGGGCAACUGCUCGGUGCGCUGGGCUUACAUCCUCGCCAUCAUCGGCAUCCUGGACGCCCUCAUCCUCUCCUUCCUGGCCUUUGUGCUGGGGAACCGCCAGAGUGACGUCCUGCAGGAGGAGCUGAAGGCUGACAGCAGAGACCUCUCUAGAUCGAGGAUUGAUACCCAGAACCCCAUGAAGGCACGAUGUGCAAUCCAGCGCUACAACUGAGAAUCAAACUUCCUCUCCUCCUCUUCCAACAUCCUCCCUCUCUCCCUUGCUCCUCUUUUCUCCUCAGGUUUAAACCCUUCGAUUGGCGCUUGGAGACCUGACAAUGGAGGAGAAAUUCAUCCUGAAGAUCAGUCUGUGUGUGUGUGGGGGGGGGGACUUUUCAGCUUUAACAGUAACAUAAAUGUUAGGAAAAGGUCAGAGGUGCUUCUCUUCACAUAAAACAACACAAUUUUAUACAGUGACUCUUUCCCAGCUUUUAAAAGUAUAUUUCAAUGAGCUGUUUCUAUGGAAACAGGGUACAAAGAGACACUUUAUUCCUGGCACUUUCUGUUGUUUAUCUUUUUUUAUUUUACUAAAAAUAUUUUUUGUAAUUGUAGCCUCCAAUUGUCCUUUCUGUGGUUUUAAAACUACACUGAUGAGAGGCAGAACAAAAAGGAACUUUCUGUCCCCACAAACAGUUCACAUUUCACUCACCACAUACUUCAGUGUUUCCCAACCCUGGUCCUGGAAAACACUGUCCUACACGUUUUUAGAUGUUGCCCUGCUCCAGCACACCUGAUUCAAAUGGUCAGCUGAUUAGU